UCCAUAAACAAUCAUCAAACCUCUCCAAUUCCAAUAUCUCCGAAUUUCACUUCCAUAUCUCUAUCACAAAUGGCAAGAACAAAGCAAACAGCAAGAAAAUCAACGGGAGGAAAGGCUCCAAGGAAGCAGCUAGCAACAAAGGCAGCAAGGAAGUCGGCUCCGGCGACCGGAGGAGUGAAAAAGCCUCAUAGAUUCCGUCCAGGGACGGUGGCACUGAGGGAAAUCAGGAAGUACCAAAAGAGCACGGAACUUCUAAUCAGGAAGCUUCCGUUUCAAAGGCUGGUGAGAGAGAUCGCCCAGGAUUUCAAGACGGAUCUCCGGUUCCAGAGCAGCGCGGUGGCGGCUCUUCAGGAGGCGGCGGAGGCGUAUUUGGUGGGGUUGUUUGAGGAUACAAAUCUUUGUGCUAUUCAUGCUAAGAGAGUUACGAUUAUGCCGAAGGAUAUUCAAUUGGCCAGGAGAAUUAGAGGGGAAAGGGCUUGAUUUUGUGUAAUUUGUCAAAUUGGUUAAUUGGAAGUGGAUUUGUGUUUUAGGGUUUAUGUAUACUAGAAGGGAAUUAGGGUUCUUUUUCUUCAACAAAACUGAAGUUUAAUCUAAACUAAAGUUAAUUGGUUUCCUUUUUA